AUUCUGAUUUCAAGAUGUAAGCUCCCAGGUCUUCCCAAUGACACGUACGAAAUCCAGGGAGAAUGGCACCAGAGGAUGAUCAACAUGUCGUUCAUGAAUGUCACUGAUGACGAAUGUACCGUACUUCACAAUGUCAGCCACCACAACAUCAGCCACCACAAUGUCAAUCAAAGUGACAGUGUGGCGGGAAAAUGUACAGAAUGGGUGUAUGACAACACCGAUAUGACAUAUUCCUAUCCAAUGCAGUUCAGUCUAGUUUGUGAUGACUCGACCAAGUUGACCAAUUCCUACAUUGCCAACACGUUAGGAUUUCUGGUGGGAGGACCAAUAAUGGGUGUAUUAUCAGACGCUGCUGGAAGAAAGCCCUCCCUGCUGCUUGGGGUGAGCAUCACAGGCGUGGCUGGGAUAGUUUGGGCCUUCUCACCAACCUAUCUGUGGAGCAUAGCGAUGCGGUUCUUGUGUGGCUUUGGGUCGACCGUCAUAUACAGUCUAUCUGGAACAAUGGCACUGGAGAUGGCGGGUCCCAACAAAAGGAUGGCGGUAGGUAACGCAUUGGCGAUUACUUAUGCAGGGGCCGGGGUGCUUGGUGUAGGGAUAGCCUACUUCCUGCGAGACUGGCGCCAUCUAGUGUUAGCUGUGACAGCACCAUAUCUAUUACUGGCAGCUGUGAUGUUUUGCCUGCUUCCUGAGUCUCCAAGGUGGUUACUGACCAAAGGGCGCCAUGCAGAGGCAGAAGUAAUUUUAAGACGCGCCGCAAGGAUGAACGGGUUUGUCUUUCCCCGGAACCUCAUAGAAAAGGUAGAGGUCAACGAACCUGCAACUUCAAGUGCCCGAGCUUUACUGCGUGCUCCCAAACUGGUGGUCAAAAUGCUGCUUAUCUACAUCAAUUGUGUUGUCUUGGACAUGACGUAUUAUGGGAUAAAUCUUCACGCUGGCAACAUGGCCGGAAAUCUCUACCUCAACGUCCUUCUCCUGUCUGUAGUUGAGUUACCGGCGUAUGCAUUGUGUUUCACUAUCGACAGAUUUGGAAGGAAGAAAGUAUACAUUAUGUGUAUGGUAGUGGGGGGGCUGGCAUGUCUUUCGUCUCUCCUCGUGCACCAAUACGCAGACAAUGAUUUGGAAUCUACUAAUUAUAUCAAGAUAGCUCUUUCCACGGUUGGCAAGUUUGGUGUCGCUGCGGGCUAUAAUAUCGUAUAUAUUUGGAGUAUCGAAAUAUUUCCUACUGUCGUCCGAAACUUAAGUCUGGGUCUGGCUAUAGUUUCUGCCAGUUUUGGAACCAUUUUGGCCCCAGUCAUUGUGAGAGAAAUUAAAGUUGAGAGUAUUGGAAAGGACACUCUGCCGCUUGUGAUAUUUGGAGCCGCGGCCAUAUUUGGCUCAAUGUGUACGAUUCCUUUGCCGGAGACAGCAAAGAAAGACCUUCCUGAAACGGUGGAAGACGCCAAUAGUUUUAAGUACCGCCGGCCACACGGCGGGUGUAGACAAGUACAGCUGGUGCCGCCUACCGUAGAUGAGACUGCUGCGUUGUGAGGAAACCACGUAUGCGUGAUCCAGCAAACAAUGCGAAUUAAGAUUCCCACCCGGAUUGUGGAACAGCCCACGAUAAUGAACAAUUUUGGAUUAGCAUUGGCGUCAAACAAUCGUCCAUACCGUGUGGUUUAUUAGUGUUUAAAAGUUUGAAAGAGACAAACUGAAUAAUUAAUGACAAAUAACAACAGAGCGUUAGUUUUGAUUUUCUGCAGCAAAGACACAAAUGUAAGAACUGACGCAGAGGUGCUCUCUGAUAAAAGUUACAUCUUGUAUGCAUUUUUGAGGGGGGGGGGGGUUCUCUCAAAUAACAACCAAUGAAUAGGUAAAUAAAUCUCAGCUCAACUCAAAUAAAUAAAUAAAUAUAAUCUUUUAUAAUUACCUGUAUUUCGGAAAGCAUUGUCGGUGCUUUCCAUAUGAUUAAAGGUCACAGAUGGAAAUUAACCCAUCCAUUUUGCUUGUAUGGAAGAAAAUGGCAAUAUUUUACUCAUUUUCACCAAACUUGGACAGUUUGUUUGCUCAUUCAUGUAUGUUGUUGCUAAAGAAAAUGUGCCCACAUCUGAGUGAUUUCUGGGUUUUAGAAAAAUCCUUCUACUGAUCAAAGUCGAAAAACUUACCAGGAGCUAAACUAUAUGGUCA